GAGAGAGAGAGAGCGCUUCACCUGCUGUCUGUCUGUCACUGUGCCUCCGCUCAGGGACGAGAGGAGCAGUUCGUUUGGCACAUGACGGAGAGCAACGGGAACCUCGGUUGUUUUUCCAGGCUUAAGCACUAUUAUCUACCUCUGUAGCGUCGCGUAAGAGCCGCUCGUUAUUUAUGUGUAUUUAUAUUUAUUUACAACGCGCGCGUUUAGUAUCUGCAUUGCACUGAAUUUGGCGCCCCGAUGCUUUUACAUCAGUUCGUGAAUGGGACGCUGGAGACCAUGUAUCCCAGUGUUCAGAAAGACACGACUCUCACCAAGAUCUUCGUCGGCGGUCUGCCGUAUCACACCACGGACGCGUCGCUGCGGAAAUACUUCGAGACUUUCGGCGACAUCGAUGAAGCCGUGGUGAUCACGGACCGGCAGACGGGCAAGUCCAGAGGAUACGGCUUUGUCACUAUGAUAGAUAAAAGUGCAGCUGAGAGAGCUUGUAAAGAUGCCAACCCUAUUAUUGAUGGACGGAAAGCUAAUGUCAACCUGGCGUACCUCGGGGCCAAACCACGCAGCCCACUGACAGGAUACUCGACUGGACUACAGCAGGUUCAUCCAGCCCUGAUCCAGAGGCAGUAUGGACUCAGCCAGCCGUAUGUUUACCCUCAGGCCUUCCUGCAGCCCAGUGUGGUUCUGCCCGCACAGGUCACCUCCAGCGCCUCGAACCCUUAUCUUGACUUCAGCACUGCCUACACUCAGUACGCCUCCUCGGCCUUCGAGCAGUAUCCCUACGCCCCCUUGCCAGGCUUCCUGAGCUACAUGUACCCUCCGGGCACCCCCGGGCCCUCUGCCACAAACAGCCCGGUCCCCACCGCCCUCCCCUCCAUCGGAGGAGCCCCCAGCUCAGCCUUCAUCCAGAUCCCUCCUCAUCAGCUCCACGCCGACCGCCUGUAGACCAGGCCACAGGGACCCAGCGAGUAAGCGGAAAUUGCACUAGAACAUCAUCAUUUUGGGACAGGGAACUGUGACAUCAUCAUCCUGAGACUGGGGUCGAAUACAAAGGGCUUAACAUUUUUCAGCUUUUCAUCAUCCCUAAGUUUAUUGACUUUAAUCUGACUGGUUACUCUUUAUGAUUAAUAAUUAUAUUAUAGUCAUUAUUGGUAGAAGAUUGUUAAAUAACCAAUAUUAGAUGAAUAAAUGAUGGACUGCAGGGUUGUAAAGUUCCUGAUCCCAGACGUUUGAACGGUAUCGUGUACAUAUACCGCUAAGAUUGACAGGUGUUUAAGAUUGGAUGGUCUCUAUCUCUGCAGUUAUAUCUGUGAAGCAUAAAGCCUUCGAGACUUCUCCAAUUUUUCUUUUAUAUAGCUGUUCUCAUGACACAAAUGUGCUUCCCUCUAUCUGAGCGAAAAUUUGAUUUUUUUUUUUUAACCAAAUGUUUUCCAAAAAUAGAUGACUUUUCUAGAAAUGUAGCAUUGCAACGGAUUUGUAUUUCUGCUUAUCACUGUGUAUCACCUCUGUCAAAUGUCUCUUCCGUUCCUGUAGUUUCUCUUUCCUCAAGUUUGCUCCAGUAGCUCCACAUAACGACGUUAAUCUAGCGUUCAGUAAUAUAGGGAUUCAAGAUGCCUGUGAAUAAUCACGAGGAAACAGACACUGAAACAUUGAGUAUUAAUCAUAUUCUAACUCUGGCUCAUCUGUGAUGCCUUUUAGACUGGGUUUUGGUCUGCUGAAAGGACAAAAGAAAAGAGUAUUGUGACAGAUGUCAGUGGUUGCUUUUGGUAUCACUCCACAAAUGACACUACAGGACAAAAUGCCAGCGGGAAAACUUGAGAAAAGUCUUGACUGAUGGGACGUUGACAUAUUGCCUGGACAAUCUGCUUGUUUUCACAAAAACAGUGUUGUCAUUAAUCAGACACUCAACUCAAAAUAUGAAAACACCUUACAGUGAAAGCCAUAAGACCAGAACAUGCAAAACGUGUAAUAAAGUCGAUUUGCAGAAACCGA